CACCAAUAAGGUCAACAGCCCUUUUCUUCUGCUCGAAGACAGCCUUUCUCUCCCUCUUAUCAUUUUCCAUUACUCAGCUCGUACUUAUAAAAAAGUCUCUUCAUUUACUUGUUCAUUCAUUCAAAAGAUGGGACUAUUCUCCAAGCAAAGUGCCAUCACCACCCAAAUUGAUGUCAUCACGGGCUUAGCAUCCAUUACGAACUGGGACCAAGUUGUUGUCCUCUGUGAGACUGUCAAUGCUAAAGACGAUGGAGCCAAAGAAGCGUCCAAGGCUUUGCGGAAGAAGUUGCGUUUAGGAAGGCCACAGCAGCAAAUGAACGCCAUUACAUUGAUCCAAGCCAUGGUUGAUGGCUGCGGGUCAAAGUUCAAAGCCCAAUUAGCGACCUCCAAGUUUGCUGAAGAUAUUGAGACUGUGAUCAUUGCAGAUGCCACUGAUGCUAAUGUGAAGAUUCGCCUCAUGGAGCGUCUGGAGGAUUGGUCUGUGACAUUUGCCACAGAUCCAGGUCUUGUCAUCAUCCCACAGCUUUAUUACAUGCUCAUUAAGAACAACACUCCACGAAGUAACAAUAGUCGGCAAGGCCCUCCUUCACCGACGCGUGCUCCCAUCACCCCAGAACAGCAAAUGAGACAGAUGGCACAGGAUAUUGAACUUGCAAGAAAUAAUGCACAUAUGUUAAUUGAGGCCGUUUCAUUCGCAGAUCCUGAGCUGGAGGCCAUCGAAGAGAAUGAAUUAAUCAAGGAAUUCCACUCCAAAUGUUUAACUCUCCAGCGCGGAAUCCAGCAAUAUUUGUCCGAAAUGACCGAGUCAGCAAAUCCUAAUGAGCAAUGGCUAACAUCACUUCUGGCCUGCAAUCAGGAGUUAGUCCAAGCUUUCACUGCAUACAACCAAAUGAUGGAGCGUCAGCACAUGAAUAAGGUCACGAAAGUGUCGGCGAUGACGGACGUUGUACCUAACCGGAGCCCUGAGAACGCACCCAGAAGCUCUCAAGAUUAUCAACAGGACUUGAUGUCGUUCAACGAUAUUGAUGCCGCUGGGGUUGGCAAAGGGCGCAGCAACAGCUAUGAAUACAAUAAUGGCAAUGGAGCUUCAGUUAGUAAUGGCAAGGGUGCUCCUACCAGUUACAAUGGACCAUCAACACAUGCAUCCUCAACAGAUCCUUUCUCGGACGAACCCUAUUUUGUUACUGGGCCUGUAGAUGUUGCUACAGCAGUAAAGAUGGGAAAAAGAGCGGAUAAUCAGGACAAGAUUUUUGAUGCAUCAGCCUAUUUUCGACAACAGCAACUGGAACAGGAGCAACUUCAGGCACUGAAGGAAAGCCAGCGUAUCCUUCACGAGCAGCAGCAGCAGCAACAGAGUGAUAGUGGAUCUAGCCAAACCGCAACAAGUAGCUCAAUCCCUGUAUCGACACUCCAUUGAAAAUUCUAUCAACUUAUUAGUCGAAUUGCCUUUUUUUUUUUUUUU